AAAAGAAGGAGUUUUGUUUACAACUGAUUCGGCUUUGUAGAAUUAUAACACGGGUUUAUUUUAGUUUAAAAACUCUAAUGAAAGUAAAAAAAUAAACUAUUGAAAUCUUAAAAAUGGCACCAAAUAAUCUGGCCCUAGAAGAAUUGAGAGGAUAUUUCAAAACACAUGGAAAAAUACGUGAACAAAAGGCGCAUACAUCGAAGGUGCAUUCUGUUGGUUGGAGCUGUGAUGGAAGACGAUUAGCAUCUGGUUCCUUUGACAAAACGGUGGCGGUGUAUACGCUUGAACGCGAUCGGGUGAGCAAAGAAAACACUUAUCGUGGUCAUACCGGCUCUGUCGAUCAACUUUGUUGGCAUGCUACAAAUGCAGACCUCCUAAGUACGGCUAGUGGUGAUAAAACUGUACGCAUUUGGGACAUACGCGCCGGCAAAUGCUCUACAGUUACCAACACAAAAGGUGAAAAUAUAAACAUAUCUUGGUCACCUGAUGGUAAAACCAUAGCCGUUGGCAAUAAAGAAGAUUUAGUGACAUUCAUUGAUACGCGUACAAAUAAAAUUCGCGCAGAGGAGCAAUUCAAUUUUGAGGUGAACGAAAUUGCAUGGAACAAUACAAGUGACUUAUUUUUCUUAACUAAUGGCAUGGGUUGCGUGCAUAUUUUAAGCUAUCCUAGUUUGGAGCUACAGCACGUGCUGAAAGCUCACCCAGCCACCUGCAUUUGCAUAGAAUUCGAUCCAACAGGAAAAUAUUUUGCUACUGGUUCGGCCGAUGCGCUUGUCUCACUAUGGGAUGCUAAUGAGUUAGCCUGUUUACGCGUGUUGUCUCGCCUUGAUUGGCCUGUACGCACAAUUUCUUUCAGUCACGAUGGCAAACUUCUAGCUUCGGCUAGUGAAGACUUACUCAUUGAUAUAGCACAUACGGAAACAGGCGAAAAGAUUGCAGACGUCACCGUAGAUGCUGCCACGUUCACAGUUGCAUGGCAUCCUAAGCAAUAUUUACUUGCAUAUGCUUGUGAUGAUAAAGAAGGUAACGAUCGAAGACGUGAAGCCGGUAACCUUAAAGUAUUUGGGUUUUCUGAAUAAUCAAUGAAAUUUAAAAGAUUUUUUUAUAUUUUUUGAAUAAAUGACAGUUUUAA